AUGAAAAACUUUACUCGUUUACGUGCAUUAAAAUUAAUUGAAGUGAAUGACAAUAGUAAGUCAUUCUCCUUUGAUUUAUACAAUCUUCAACAUCUUGUUUCUCUUGAAAUCGACGUUAAAACUGAUCUUCCAUUGAUUAAUAGCAUACCACCACUAAAAAGGCUCUCUAUUAAUAUUCUAUCAUGUGAGCAUUUUAAUAUUAAACGAUUGACUACUAGGAUUUCAUUUGAACAACUACAUCAACUAUCGUUAUCUAAUUGUCCCGCCACGGAAUUACAACGAAUCCUUCGUCAAGCUAUUCGACUCACUUCACUUAAAAUGUCAUUCAAAUGUUUAAAUAAUGAAUAUAUCAACAUGCUAGCCAAUUUUCAUCAAGAACAGUCAACAAAAUCGACUCUCGUUUAUUUGACAUUGUCUAUUGAUGUAGCUCGUGAACUAACUCAUGUUCAUCUCGAGCGAUUUCUUGCUCCAUUACAGUGUUUACGACGACUGGAACUGGUUAUUGCCCGUGAUGCAAAACGUCAAUUUCUCGAUGCUGGUCAAUGGGAAAAUUUUAUUACUGAAUAUUUGCCACGACUCAUAACGUUUGAAUUUAAAUUUUCUUCUGAGUGGCGCAUUGGUCAAUAUGAACUUGAUCAGUUUCGUUCUCCAUUUUGGCUCGAUAAACGCUGGUUUAUUGCUUAUAAUUCAAGUCGAUCGUGUCUCUUUACUGUACCUUACUUUGUUCCAACUUCGAUUAAGCAUUCCUUUGUUCCAGUGUCACCGAAUCUUACAACAUUACCUAUUGAACAACAUAUGGUUUUUUACGACCGUGUUACUGAACUAAGGCUUCAAGGGCAUCUACGAUAUUUACCUUAUCGUUAUAAUCAUGUUAAGAUACUUAUUAUCGACACAUUUUGUACGUACCAGAAUAUCAUCGACCUAUCUAAAGUACAAUCAUUAACUGUAGAUAUUUCUACUCUCUCACUCUCGUCACUGAUGACUGCGAUUAAACGAUCAAUGCCUUGUGUUAAUUAUCUUAGUCUGAAUGGUUCCUAUUGGGAAUUGAGUUAUAUGUCUUUUACUGGUAUUUCUCUGGAACAAGUUCGAGUAUUGUGUUUAUCUCGAUAUGCAAAUUAUCAAGGUGAUAAUACAGACAAGUGGUCUCGACUUUUUCCACACGUAGAACGAUUGAUUGUUUCAAUUGUUUCGAAAAGUCAAAUUCCAUUAUUAAUUGAUCAAUUCAAGAACAUCGUGAGUGGUUUCUUUUACAUUGAUCCACCUUACAUUGAGCCACAUAACAAUGAUCCAUUGUACGUUGAUCCAUCUUACAUUGAUCAAAUUCAUAUUGAUGCCUACAAUCAAAUUCAAGUGACACAUGAAUGGUUAAUGGAACAUGUGAAUCGUUUUAGACAAAGCAAUAUGGAUAAUUUUACUUAUCAGAUCAAUGAAGGGGAUCGCCUUUCAUUGAGUUUAUGGAUUGGUGAAGAUGAUAAAGUAUGUAGAUAA